AUGGUACCUCGGAGUGUUUUCUCGUUUCAGGUGCUGCUGUUUUCCUUACAAGGAUACGUUUGUGCACCAUCUAUCCCGACAGAGACAUCCGAAAGUGAGUUCCAUGAAAAGGGACAGAAAGGAGCUCUGUUAGGACCGCAGUUUGAAGCAACCUCUCCGAGAUACUUUUUCCAUGAAGCGAUUAAUUGGGGCGAGAGUAAAAUCAAAGGUUCUUGUCCUCAUGAAUGCCUUAACGGGGCUUUCUGUUCUAAGACCGGUACGUGUGACUGUCAAAUAUUCCAAGCUCUCGGGACAAGGUGCCAGAUUGUCCCAAACAUGGGAAGUGGCAGAGAUGGCAUUUGCAAAACCUGGGGACAGUAUCACUUUGAAACAUUUGAUGGGAUCUACUACUAUUUCCCAGGAAGCUGCUCUUAUAUAUUUGCAAAGGACUGUGGUAAUUUGGAGCCUCAGUACACUGUAUGGGUCCACAACAGCCCAAAGUGCCUUGGUUCUGUGUAUUCUUGCUAUCGUUCCAUCAGCCUAUUCUUUUCGAACCAAGAGGAAAUUAGAAUUUAUGGUCACGAAAUAAAAAUGAAUGGCAUCAGCUUAUCUCUGCCUCAGACAGUUGGCCAGGUGUACUUUGAGAAGCUAGCUGACUACAUUCUGGUGAAAACUACCUUUGGUUUCUCAUUGGCCUGGGACGGAAUAUCGGGAGUUUACCUCAAACUGUCCGAAGAGCACAGAGGGAAGUCCUGUGGCUUGUGUGCAAACUACAAUGGCAUUCAGUCGGAUGACUUCAUGAUUCAGCAAGAGGACUACACAGAAGACAUUGCUAUGUUUGCAAACAGCUGGAUGGUGCAAACUCUAGAUGACCCUAAAUGUAUACCCACUCCCUCAGACUUUCCAAAUCCAUGUUCCAGUGGAAUGCCAGCAUUUGAGGCAAUCUUCUUCAAAUGCCAGAUAUUGUUGCAGUUUCCUUUCCUGAGCUGCCAUGAAUACAUCGAUCCAUACUUAUAUAUUGCCAGCUGUGUUAAUGAUCUGUGCAAAACGGAUGAUGAUGAAACUUACUGCCGGGCAGCCACCGAGUACGCCAGAGCCUGUUCUCACGCUGGCUUUCCCAUUCAAGACUGGAGGGAUGACUUUCCAGCAUGCAUUGAUAAAUGCGACGACAGCUUUGUCCACCGGGACUGUAUCAGCUGUUGCCCCCCUAGCUGCACGUUUGAGAAGCAGUGUCUCGGGAGCAAUCUUCAUUGCCUUGAUGGAUGCUAUUGUGCUGACGGCCUCAUAAUGGACAAUGGGACUUGCAUCUCCUUGGAGAGUUGCCCAUGUAGUUUCCAUGGGUUAGCUUAUUCAGUUGGCUCAAAAAUUGAGCAAGAGUGCACCGAGUGUGUAUGUGUUGGUGGAGUUUGGAACUGCACUGAGCAUGACUGUCCAGUUCAGUGCUCUGUUGUGGGCGACUCUCAUUUUACCACCUUUGAUGGGCGCCAUUACUCUUUCAUUGGCUUGUGUCAGUACAUCCUCGUGAAAGGAACUGGAAAAGAUAAAUUCACAAUUACUUUACAGAAAGCUCACUGUGAACAGAACCUGGGUUUGGUCUGCCUUCAGUCAAUAACUCUAAUACUGGAGGAUGAUUUUAACAAACAAGUGACGCUCAGUAGGGGAGGCCAGAUCCUCACCAGUCCCAACCACGGCUUCACUCUGAACGGCAUUGUGGAAAUCCAAACCCUGUCAUCCUUAUUCAUUCUUCUGAGAACCACCUUUGGCUUAAAGAUCCUGUUUGCUAUUGAUGGAGAAAGAAUUUACAUACAGCUUUCCAGUGCAUGGAAAAGAAGGACAUUAGGGCUGUGUGGCACCUUUAAUGGCAACAUCAGAGAUGACUUUCUCUCUCCGUCAGGCAUGAUAGAAGGAACCCCACAGCUUCACGCACAUGCGUGGAGAGUUUCCUCCACUUGUUUUGCUCCUGUCCACGUCCCGAUGGUGGACCCCUGUAAUAUCAAUCAACAGAACAUUGGCUAUGCAGCCCACUGUGACGUCAUCCACCAGGAGCUCUUUGCUCCUUGCCAUGUCUACGUGAGUCCAGGGCUGUACUAUCAGCUGUGCCGCCAUGAUGCAUGCAAGUGUGGAAGCUCCUGCCUGUGCAAUGCUCUUGCCCACUAUGCUUACCUAUGUGCCCAGCGUGGUGUGCCCAUUGAUUUCAGAUCGCAGAUCUCCUUCUGUGCCGUGGUGUGUCAGAAGGGCAUGCUGUACCAUCACUGUUCCUCAUUCUGCCUCCGCUCCUGCACCUCCCUCUCCUCUCCUGAGCAGUGUGAUGACGACUGUGCGGAAGGAUGCAACUGUCCCGAAGGCAAAUUCUACGAGGACACCCUUAACUUCUGUGUGCCCAUCUAUCACUGCCGGUGCCAUUACAGGGGGAGCAUUUAUCAGCCUGGGGAGCUCAUCCCAACACCCUCAGGAUUAUGCCAGUGCUCAAACGGGACUGUGAAAUGUGACGAGCCAGCAACCCCCUCUACUGUUCACGCCUGCCCAGAAGGGAAGGAAUAUUUUGACUGCAGGUUUCCUGACCCCGAAUUACCAGCUGGUGGUAUAAAUUGUGAGACCACGUGUGCAAACCUGGCCAUGAACUUCACCUGUGCCCCAUCCUCACCUUGCAUAAGUGGCUGUGUAUGUGCUCCAGGAAUGGCGGAGCACAAGGGAAAGUGCUAUGUUCCUGAAAGCUGUCCUUGCGUCUGGAAAGACUGGGAGUAUGUCUCUGGGGAAGUCAUCUCCACGCCAUGCUACACCUGUGUUUGUCGGCGGGGGAUGUUCAAUUGCACGUAUUAUCCAUGUCCUGCAGUAUGCACAGUAUAUGGGGACCGGCACUAUUAUUCCUUUGAUGGGUUGGAAUAUGACUACAUCAGUGAUUGCCAGGUGUUUUUGAUAAAGAGUACAGAUGAUUCUGAUAUCUCUGUGAUUGCCCAGAACAAGAAAUGCUUUGACAAUAAUAUUGUUUGUUCUAAAAGUGUUUUGAUAUCAAUUGGGGACACUGAAAUAUACCUCAAUGAGGCUCCUUACAAACAGAAGCGAUCAGGUUUUUUCCUUGAGAGCAAGCCUGCAUACCAGUUGUGGAAGGCUGGGCAUAACAUAGUAGUAUACUUCCCAGAGGAAGAUAUCACCAUUCUGUGGGACGAGAAGACAACCAUCCACAUCAAAGUUGGGCCACAGUGGAAGAACAAACUGGCAGGAUUGUGUGGGAACUUUGAUAAAUGCACUUCAAAUGAUAUGACCACAUCUAAUAACCUGGAAGUGAGAAACGCACAGGUGUUUGGGGACAGUUGGGCCUUGGGACAGUGUGAAGAUCCUGCUGAAGCACUGAAGCCUUGCGAGGCCCACCAAAACAAAUUUCCUUAUGCCAAGAAAGAGUGCUCCAUUCUGUACAGUGAUGUUUUUGCUCCGUGUCGCAAUGUGAUCGAUGUGACCUCUUUUGCCAAAAACUGCCACGAAGACACGUGUAACUGCAACUUGGGUGGUGACUGUGAAUGUUUCUGUACCAGUGUGGCCGCCUAUGCCUACAAAUGCUGCCAGGAAGGCGUGCCGGUGCGCUGGAGGUCACCCACAGUUUGUGCUCUUGAUUGUGAAUACUAUAAUGAAGGACUUGGAGAAGGACCAUAUAUGCUGGCAAGUUAUGGGCAGAGCGGCCUUGUUCUAGGUGCCAACCUGACCAGUAGAAGCAUUUUCUCUUUGCCAAGAAGUAGUAAUCGUGGUAAUUUGUUUUUUAUUUUUAUGAUCACUCCGGGCCUUUUCAAAGAGAAGACAUCUUCAUUGGCUCUGGUUUCCUUGGAAUCUGCGGAAAGGCCAAAUUACUUUCUCUAUGUUCACGACAAUGGCACUCUUAGCUUGUUGAUGUGGCAGGCAAGCUCGGCGUUUCAUCAGAGGGCAACAUUUUUCCACCACCAAAGCCUCUGGAUUCCUGGUGCCAGUGCAUUCGAAUUAUACAGCAAGAAAGGCUUCUUUAUCGUUUUCACGGAUUCUAGUGUCAGAGUGUCAAAAUACGAUGAUUCGGAAGAGUUCAAGGAGUCAAGCAGCUUCAGCAUAGAAGAAAUCCAGGCAGUGGUACCUUACAGGAGGAUGUGUGAGUGGAGAUACGAACCUUGUGCUACUCCUUGCUUUAAAACGUGCAGCGACCCCGAAGCCCUAGCCUGUGCUUUUCUCCCGCCGGUUGAAGGAUGUUUGCCGCACUGCCCCAAACAUAUGAUCCUGGAUGAGGUGACCCUUAAAUGUGUUUAUCCAGAAGACUGCAUACCACUGAUUCCCACAGAACCUGCGUUAGCACCACCAGGUAAGGAGCCAUACCCAGGGAUUUGGGGAUGGGACAUGGUUACUCCGUCAGAUGUGACUCCAACAACAGGUUUGGAAUGUGAGCCUCAACAGUUUGAUCCUGUUUACAACUGUAGCCAGUACAUCUGCCUUAAUAUGGAAUGGACCUUUUACAACUGGUCGCUGAACUGCCCAAAGGACUUGGAAAUGCCAGAUUGUGGAUUCCGGGGGUGGCCUGUUCAAGUGAACAGUGAUAUAUGCUGUCCCGAGUGGGAAUGUCCCUGUCGGUGCUCCAUGUUGUCAGAGCUGAGCAUCAUCACAUUUGAUGGAAACAGUGCUGCCCUGUCCAGCAAGGCUUCUUACAUCCUAGUAAGAAUCCCAGGGGAAAUUGUAGUUGUUCACAUUGAAAAAUGUUCCACGAAUCAGAAUGGAAAUGCCCUUAAAAAGCCAGCAUCUUUUGGAAGAAUCUCAGGACUUUGUUUUAAGAAGCUAAAUGUGACAAUAUCUACACACAAAAUACUUAUCAACAGAGCAGCAAGAAAGGUAGAUGUGGAUUCUAUUGUCGUACCUUUGCCCUUUUCAAGUCAAGAGCUGUUCAUAGAAGAUUCUGGCACCAUGUAUGUGAUUAAUACUCCUGCCGGGUUAGUCAUAAAGUGGGCUCACCUUACAGGAAUCAUAGACAUUCACUUCGGACCCCAGUUUAACUUGUCGUCCUAUACAGAAGGACUCUGUGGAAUUUGCAAUGACAACCCAGACGAUGACCUCAGGAUGCAGAAUGGCACCAUUAUUACCAACAUGGAAGACAUAGAAUUAUUCAUCGGAAGUUGGGAAAUUGAGAAAUCAUUUGAAGUCACAAUGAGAAGACCCGUUAGGAAUUGUACUGAACAUGAUUGCAGCCGUUGCAUCGAGUUAUUGAACAGAGACGUUUUCAUUCCGUGCCAUGACAAAGUCUCACCAUUGGACUUUUGUGAAAAGAUGUGGAUCAACUACACCUAUCUCUGGAGCUAUGAGUGCGAUGCAAUCUCUGCAUAUGCGGCUCUGUGCAACAAUUUUGAUAUCUGCAUUCGGUGGAGGACACCCGACUAUUGCCCUUUGAGCUGCCCAGAGGGAAAGGAAUACCAGCCCUGUGUGAGGCCCUGUGAGGCAAGAACAUGUCUCAAUAAAUGGUUCUAUGGGCACUCCUCCUGUCUGAAUUUGAGAGAGGACUGUGUGUGCAAGAACGGAACCAUUCUUCACCGGCCAGAUAAAACACUGUGCAUCCCAGAGCGAGAAUGUGUGUGCACUGACAGUGAAGAUCAACCCCGCAGUGCUGGGGAGAUUUGGAAUGGGGGCGUUGAUGAGUGUGCCCUCUACAAAUGUCUGGAGGAUGGAAGCAUUAUUCCGAUAGAGCCCGUCUGUGAAGAAGAGCCCUCCCCCGUUUGUGAACGAGAAGCUGAAGUUGUCAUGCGCAUCGUUGAUAAGCUGACCUGUUGCUCUAAAGAAGUUUGUGGCUGCGACAUGACUUUGUGUGACACAACCAUCCCAAUAUGCACGGGUAGUCAGAAGUUGAUGGUUGGCUAUAGCGCUCUUUCUUGCUGUCCACAGUAUGAAUGUGAGUGUGAUACAGUAAAAUGUCCCAACAUUUCGACACCAGAUUGCAGAGAAGACCAGUUUACGCUUCAGGUUCAACAAGGAGAACCCUGCUGUUUCUACCCUUUCUGUGUGUGUGAAGCAUGCACAGAACCAGCUCCGCAAUGCGCUGAUGGGGAAUUCCUCACAGUGGAUCUGAAUACGACACAUUUGUGCUGUCCACAGUACUCUUGUGUGUGUGAGCCAAAUCUUUGUCCUCCGUCGUUACUCAACUGUGCAAAAGAUACGGAUCUGGUGCAAAAGAAUGUAUCUGGACAGUGUUGCCCAAACUGGCAGUGUGAGUGCAACUGUGAAAAUCUUGUCAUGCCAACUUGUGAAGUGGGAGAAUUUGCCACAAUAGAUCAAAACUUUCAGAGCGACUGUGGAUGUGUACAGUAUCUUUGUGAAAAAGAUGAUGUAUGUGUGUUUCAAGAAGUAUCAGUAUUGAAUCCUGGCCAAUCUCUGACAAAGUAUUUGGAAGGGGAUUUUUGUUAUACAAUAGAAUGUCUGGAAGAUAAAGAUAACAAUACAGGCUUUCAUACUUUUAACGUUACGAUGGUGAAUUGUUCAAAAGCGUGUGAUAUUCACCAGAUUUACACCCCAUCUCUCAGCGAUUAUGACUGCUGUGGUACCUGUAGAAACAUAUCCUGCAAAUUUCACAUGGAAAAUGGAACGUCAGUUAUAUAUGAGGAGGGGAGCUCCUGGCACUAUAACUGCACCACGUAUGAAUGUGUUAGGACUGACGAGGGAGCCACGAUUCUAAACUACAGCAUGGUGUGCCCUCCUUUUAAUGAGACCGAAUGCAAACUGAAUGAAGGGAUUGUCAAGCUUUAUCAUGAAGGCUGUUGCAAGAUCUGCAAACGAGAAGAAAGAAUAUGCCAGAAAGUGAUCAUUAAAUCAAUCAUAAAGAAACAGGAUUGUUUAAGCCAGAGCUCUGUGAGUGUGGCAUCCUGUGAUGGGAAGUGCCCGUCGGCUACCAUAUAUAACAUCAACGUGGAAAGCCACCUUAGGUUCUGCAAGUGCUGCCGAGAAAACGGGGUGCGGAACAUCACCGUGCCGCUGCACUGCUCGGGAAACGGCACAGAAGUCAUGUACACGCUCCAGGAGCCGGUAGACUGCACGUGCCAGUGGAACUGA